AUGUAUGGAAUAAAACACCCACAUACGACGCCAUAUCAUCCGCAAGCCAACAGUCUCGUCGAACGUUUACAUCGUCAGCUAAAAUCAGCACUUUCGUGUCAUGAAGAGUCAUGGUAUGACGCAUUACCAGCCGUUUUGCUCGGCUUACGCGCUGCUUGGAAAGACGCCAUCCAGACGACCCAAGCUGAAUUAGUAUAUGGUGAGCCAAUUCGUUUUCCUGGUGAGUUACUCACUCCCAGUAACAAAACUACACCUCAUGAUAUCAUUAAUACAUUAAAACGUUAUUUCAAUUCAUUGGCAUCGGCCGAAAUGUCGUGUCAUGGCAAGCGUUCUGUUUUCUGUUUCAGAAACCUUAGUACUUGCAGCCACGUACUGGUACGGAAUGACCAAGUUGGACCAUUUUUCUCGCCGCCGUACGAGGGUCUAUUUCGUGUAAUAACUCUACACGACAAAUAUUUUAUUGUCGAUUUUUGGAGACGACAAAUCGCCAUUUCAGUAGACAGAUUGAAGCCGAUUUACGAGGCGAAUCCAGCCAACACGGCGACGAUGACAACAAACUCCCAGCCGAAUAAUAAUAAUAACACAGCAACCCAGACUCAAAAACGCCGAGUCCGGUUUAAUAUUCAAAAUUUACGCGAUAAAUGUUAUAUGAGUGCUAUGGGAUUAUCACUUGGACCCAAUGUUCAUUCCUACGCGAGUAAAGACGACGCAGAGCGCAUCUCAAUUUCGGACGCAAUAUCGCAAGGGUCGACGCGCGAGGGGAGAAUGGCUCGUAGACAACAACAAUUAAACAUUUUGGAGGAGAACGACGAAGCAGAUGGUUCCUCUUAUGAUGCUGGAAUAGAUGACACGAUAUAA